CUCGGGGAGCGGGACUCUGGACGCCGUUUUUUGCAGCCGCGCUGCGCGCACCGCGGGCUCCGGGCACAGAUUUGCGGACGCCCGGCUCCUGGCGUGGACGCCAUGGUGCUGUGCCCGGUGAUUGGGAAGCUGCUGCACAAGCGCGUGGUGCUGGCCAGCGCCUCCCCACGCCGUCAGGAGAUCCUCAGCAACGCGGGUCUCAGGUUUGAGGUGUUCCCCUCCAAGUUUAAAGAGAAGCUGGACAAAGCCUCCUUCGCCACUCCAUAUGGAUACGCCAUGGAGAACGCCAAGCAGAAGGCCCUGGAGGUGGCCAACCGGAUGCACCAGAAGGACCUGCGGACCCCCGACGUGGUCAUUGGAGCGGACACAAUCGUGACGGUCGGGGGGCUGAUUCUGGAGAAGCCGGUGGACAAGCAGGACGCCCACAGGAUGCUGUCCCUGUUGAGCGGGAGAGAACACAGCGUGUUCACAGGCGUCGCGAUUGUCCAGUGCUCCAGCAAAGACCAUCAGCUGGACACCAGGGUCUCGGAAUUCUACGAGGAAACGAAGGUGAAGUUCUCGGAGCUGUCUGAGGAGCUUCUCUGGGAAUACAUCCACAGUGGGGAGCCCAUGGACAAAGCUGGCGGCUAUGGGAUCCAGGCCUUGGGCGGCAUGCUGGUGGAAUCUGUACACGGGGACUUCCUGAACGUGGUGGGAUUCCCGCUGAACCACUUCUGCAAGCAGCUGGUGGAGCUCUACUACCCACCCCGCCUGGAGGACCCUCGGCAGCGUGUCAACUACGACUCCAUCCCGACCGUGGACACCUUUGAAGAUCUCAGUGACGUGGAGCGGGGCGGCUCAGAGCCUGCUCAGAGGGACACGGGCAGCCGCGAUGAGAAGGCCGACGCGGGAGCGAUGGGACAGGGCAUGGCAGAGGCUGAGUGUCACAGGACUCGGGAGACCCUGCCUCCGUUCCCGACACGCCUCCUGGAGCUGAUUGACGGCUUUAAACUAUCGAAGGCCUUAUUCACCGCUUGCAAGCUGAAGGUGUUUGAUUUGUUAAAAGAUGAAGCACCCCAGAAGGCUGCGGAUAUUGCCAGCAAAGUGGACACCUCUGCGUGUGGAACGGAGAGGCUUCUGGACAUCUGUGCUGCCAUGGGCGUCCUGAAGAAGACAAAACAAGGUUACAGUAACACAGAGACAGCGAACCUCUACCUGGUAUCGGACGGUGAAUACUCUCUGCAUGGCUUCAUCAUGCAAAAUAAUGACCUCACCUGGAACCUCUUUACAUACCUGGAGUUUGCCAUCCGAGAGGGAAGAAACCAGUACCACAGGGCGUUGGGGAAGAAGGCGGAAGAUCCGUUCCAGGACGUGCACUACCAGAGCCCGGAGACGCGGCUGCGGUUCAUGCAGGCCAUGCAUGGCAUGGCGAAGCUGACUGCACGCCAGGUGGCCACAGCCUUCGAUCUGUCCUGCUUCUCCUCUGCCUGCGACGUGGGAGGUCUGUGCCCCCCACAUGUGGCCCAGAGUGGCUGCUGUAGCACCGGCCAUCGUGUGUACAUCCCCACAGCAGGAAGGAGAAGGGAGGAGUACAGCCCUCCACCCCUGGGCUGGAAGGAUUUCCCUGCAGGCUGCACAGGUGCACUGGCCCAAGAGCUGGCCCGUGAGUACCCUCAUCUGCAGGUGACUGUGUUUGACCUCCCGGACAUCAUGGAGCUGGCUGCCCACUUCCAACCCGCCGGACCGCAGGCAGCGCAGAUCCACUUCGCAGCAGGUGACUUUUUCAGGGACCCCCUCCCGAGCGCUGAGCUAUACGUCCUGUGCCGGAUCCUGCAUGACUGGCCAGACGCCAGAGUCCACAAGUUACUCAGCAGGGUCGCCGCGAGCUGCAAGCCAGGAAGCCUAGAUGGAGCAGGAAGAAAAUUCGGCUUUGAUGAUGAAAGGGGGAGUCCAGUGCGGUGGCGCAUGCCUGUGGCCCUCACUGCUUGGCAACCAAGAAGGAUGAGGCUUCCAGGCCCCUCCAUCACACGCCUCGAUGUGGGGCCAGGCAGGACCUGACAACCACCAGGAGAUACCACGGAGCCCAGCCCUGGACAGCAGCCAGGCCUCCGUCGGUCCUACCUCCCUCCUCCCUCCCUUCCACGUCAGCCUGGCCUGGAGCUGUCCCUCCUUCCUUCCUUCCCAUGGCAGCCUGGUCCAGAGCUGGGACGACAGCAUCCCGGUCACCUUGGGCUGCCCCCAGCCAAACUCCUCUGUCCUGUCCUGGGAAAGCAAGCAAAGUCCCUGCCUACAGGGUUCCCCCGUGUACCUGCAGGACGCCGUCUGUCUUAAGCCACAAAGGCCGGGGCCUCUGCAGGGCUCACAGGUGGCUUCUAGAGAAGAUGUCCGCCACAGCUGCUCUCUGCUCCAUCUCAGGUGACCACUGGCCAUCUUGGAAGCAACCUGCUUUGAUGGUUGUGAAGCCUGAAGCUCCUUCCUCUCCAGCCCGUGCCACCCGGGGCGGGGAAUGGGGACAGGAUGGAGACAGACGUGGGCCCAGCCCUCCGGGAGUUCUAGGGGCGAGGGACAGAUUCCCACCACUUGGGUACCCAGCGAAGGCCCCACUCCAUCCAGAUUGAAACGUUCAUGAGUCCGAGAAGGUUCUGGAAGUCAGCCCAGGAAGAGGCCGGCAUGGGGGGGGGGCCUCUCGGUAGAGAGAACCAGAGGCGCCUGCCCUAGGGGGACCCCAGGCCCCCCUUCGUCUUGGCUGCUGGGAGUGGGCUGGGGGGCCACACGGUUGCAGCAGGGACCUCCAACGUGGCCUCCCUGUGUUUUGGUCCCCUCGCCAUUUGCCCUUAAACCAAGGACCCGCAGAGGGAGUCCCCCAGGUGGAAGGAAGCUGGAUAAAGGGCCCCUGGGGCUUGUUCGUCUCCCUCUCCCUUCUGUGUCUGCUAGAACUUUUUUUUUUUUUUCGAGACAGAGUCUCGCUCUGUCGCCCAGGCUGGAGUGCAGUGGUGUGAUCUCGGCUCACUGCAACCUCCGCCUCCCAGGUUCAAGUGAUUCUCCUGCCUUAGCCUCCGCAGUAGCUAAAAUUACAGUUGCCCGCCACCGUGCACAGCUAAUUUUUUUGUAUUUUCAGUAGAGACGAGGUUUCACCAUGUUGGUCAGGCUGGUCUCGAACUCCUGACCUCAGGUGACCCCCCCACCCCCACCCCCGGCCUCCCAAAGUGCUGGGAUGACAGGCGUGAGCCACUGCACCAAGCCCGUCUUUUUAUUCAUUGGAAUAACUGCGCAAAAACAGCCCCUCUGGACUCUGAGAGUCUGUGUGUGGCAUGCACAGAACAUCCUGAGGAUUGUGAUGAUUUAAAAACCAGUGAGGUGACAAGGCUGGAAUUCCGUGCAGGGCAGCCUGACCGGCCGGGUUCGCCUACUCCCUCCUCCACUCAGCGAGCACUACACGAUGAGCGCCUGGUGCAUACCAGGAGUGUCCGUCUGGCUCUAAAACAGCCUCUGGAUUUAUCUGGGGACCGGGGCAGGGGAAGCGGGAGGACAACGGACCCUAAGGAUGAUGCUGAGUACACAGCUCCUCCCAGCCUGCCCAGCUUGAAGGCCCACUUCCAGGGAAGCUUUGCAGAGAGCCCUUUUCCAAGGUAAAGGUCUUAGGGGACUCUUCUCGGGAGAGAGGUCUUGGGGAGCCUUCAAGAGGGAAAUCUUGGGGAGCCCUCUUCCAGGGGGCAGGUCCUGGGGGACACCUUCAGGGGGGACGUCUUUGCGGCGGCCCUCUUCAUGGGGGAAGUCUUGGGGGGCCUCCUUCAGAGGAGGAGCCCUUUUUGGGGGGUGGCCCUGGGAGUCCCUUUUCAGGGAGGAGGUCCUGGGGAACCCUCUUCAGGGGGAAGGUCUCUUGGGGGCCCUCUUCUGGGGAAAGGGGUCUGUCAAGCCCCCUCAUCCUGCAGCCCCAUCAGCCCUCCCUGGACCACACUUCUUACAGGUAGAACCUUGGCAAUGACUAAUUACAAAAGAUGUGCUGCUGCCCCCCCCCCAACACAGAGCCUGGCACCCCACCCCACCCCGCACAAAGCCAACCUCACCCCUGCUCUGAUUCCUUCUCGGCCGUCCGAUGAAGCCUGAAGUCUUUCCAUUAAAACACCUCUGCUUCUGGGCAGGGCACGGUGGCUCA